GGAAGAAGACUAAUUACGUGAACAGUGUAAACCAGGCGAAAACUACAUUUCGUGAAUGGCGAGCCGAAUCCACAUCACCUUUUGACUAUUCGUGAUUCCAUUUUGAACAUUUGGAAGUUUCAUUCUCGAUAUCUGCGAGAGAUUUUUUUUUUUUUUCUGUCGAAAGGAGCCGCCCGGAACCAACGGACUGCGGAUUUAACAGACAGAAAUGUCCGCUGGGAACUCAAAACGCCCCCUUGUUGUAGCGGACAAAGUCAGUUAGCUCCAGAAUUGGCCGCUGUUUGUUUACUGGCGCAAUCAACCACAGAGACUGCUAGUUCCCAGCUUCUUAACUCCAUAAGUUUCUGGGAAAAGUUGUUCGAUGUUGAACUUAUUGAUUUUGAGCGCUCGUUGUGUGCACACAUGCAUCGUCUCCUGAACAUGUUAUACUGAUUUUGGCACAGUAAACUGUUGUUGUUGUUUUUUUGUCAAGCCCUUCUCUAUGGCAUCCAAUUGUAAUGGAUGUGAGAAAAGGAAGCGUAAUAACAUUAGUAUUAGUGACAAAUUGGAACUUAUUAAGAAGUUGGAGUCAGGAGUUUCCGUGGCCAGCGUAUGUCAGCAAUACGGCGUGAAAAAACAAACUGUGAGCGACAUACGUAAGAGUAAGGAAAAACUCCGAGCUUUUGCUGGGAAGUUCAAUGUGGAUCCCGUCAGAAAUAGAAAAGGUGUUGUACGUAUGCGUAAGCACAUGAAAGUGAGUCCAAGUCAGGACCCGUGGUAUGUGCAACAGCAACAAUAUAUAAAGAGUGAGGAGCGUGAGUCUGAGGCGGCGUUGGCGCCGGAGGCCGAAGCCGCCGCAGCUCCCCCUGGAUUCCCUCCCAUCUCGUCUGGGAACACUCCUCCUCCCGUUGGGCAUCAGGAAGCCUCGCCAGCCCCGUCGUCACCUUCCACCUCAUUGUCGUCGGAACGGUGUCGGUCCACGUCGUCGGCGACGCCUUCAAAGCCACGAAAAAGGAGGGCGCACCCAACACCUGUGCAGGAGGCAAUAUUGAAGCGAUUGCAGACACUGGAGCGAGGCACGGAAAAACCGCACGGAGAGGACAGCUUCUGCCAGAUGGUUGGGGAGAUGCUGCAGCGGCUCCCGGAGCGCCACAGGUUGGAUGCCAAGUUUGAAAUCCAUCGCCUCCUCUAUAGGAAAACACUAGACUGCCAGGCAGAUGAGGACGACAAGUCGACACUGACACUUCACUCUUAACGUGAACAUGAUCGCCAAGGUUUGCAGUUCUAGAUGAGUGAUUCUCAAUUGUUGUCACCCUGGGCCCCGCAUUUUCUCAUUGUUGGCAAGUUGGAAAUUGCACCCAAGGAUGAACCAAACUCAUGCAAGUCCGCCAUUCUUUUCCUGAUCUCUGGGCUGAUUUCUUUUGACUUUCCCAUGAUGUUACACAAAGAAGCAAUGUGUUGGGUGGGCCAAGUUCAAAUACAUCCACAGGGGUCUCUCUUUUCCAAAGAGAUGACAUCAUCAUCAUCUCCUUUCAUUAUUUUGGCAUUUAACAAAUCCUAAUUGAAAUCAAACCGGGAGUUUAGUCUGAUUUCAUGUCAGUGAGGAGAAAAAAAAAACAACAACCCAACUUUUUACCUAGUGCAUGUAAACAUCUGGGUUCAACCGUAAACUCUCAAAACAGUGGUUAACAAGAAACAUUUGCUUUUCAAAAUCUCACUCAAGUGUUUCCUUUUUUUUAAAUUUUUUUUUUAACCGUAAUCACACAGCGGCAAAAUAAACCAGGUCGAGGAAAACCA